UUCUUAACCUUGAAUCUAAGAUUUGUCAUUAGAAUUUCAGAUUCUAACCAUAAAGUUGUAAAAUGUCCAUGAACGUACACGUAAAAUGGGCAGGAAAGGAGUAUGAGAUAACCGAUGUCGACCCUUCACAAGAUGUUCUUGCCCUAAAGGUAAAGAUCAUGAACAAGACUGGAGUAAGACCUGAAAGGCAGAAACUUUUAAACCUGAAGAUUAAAGGAAAAGCAGCUUCUGAUGACGCUUUAAUUUCGUCUCUCGGCCUAAAACCUAACUUUAAGAUAAUGAUGAUGGGAUCCCUGGAGGAAUCCAUUGUUGAAUCACAAACCACCCCUACAGAUCUUCCGGAGGUUUUAAAUGAUUUUGAUAUAGAAGAGGAGGAGGUGACAAUUGAACAAAAUGAAAAUAAUCUCGUCAAAAUUGAGAAGAGGGUUCGUGAGUAUGAAGUUAAGGUUUUAAAUCCCUCUAGAGAGAAUAAAAAACUUCUAGUUCUUGAUAUAGACUACACGCUCUUCGACCACAGGUCUGUUGCGGAGACUGGUUGGGAGCUAAUGCGUCCGUUCCUUCAUGAGUUCUUGGAGACUGCAUACGAGUACUACGAUAUCUGUAUUUGGUCUGCUACUAAUAUGGUCUGGAUCGAGGAAAAAAUGAAGCUGUUGGGCUGCACUACUAAUCCCAACUAUAAAUUGGCCUUCUAUCUGGACUCCAGAGCAAUGAUCUCCAUAUCCACUCCUAAAUAUGGGAUUGUAGAUGUGAAACCCCUGGGAGUAAUCUGGGGUAAAUAUCCCCAGUAUUCUCCGAAGAACACUAUCAUGUUUGAUGACCUCAGGAGGAAUUUCCUGAUGAACCCACAAAAUGGGCUUAAGAUUAGACCGUUUAGAGAGGCUCACAGUAACCGGGACAAAGAUAAAGAAUUGGUCGGAUUAUCUAAAUAUCUAACUAUCAUCGCUAAGCACGAGGACCUGAGUACUCUACGGCAUAGUAGAUGGGAACGAUAUAUUGAGAAAUAGAUCACCAACAGCGGAUAAAUGGUUUGAGACUGUUAACAGCGUAAUUUCAAAUGAACCUCUAUUUCCGAUUUACAACGGUACCAAUGAUACCUGAAUCUGAGUAUAAGUUGUUGUUCUGAGUAGAAAAGUGUUGUAACUCUGAUAAAAUCACCGUUCUUUCUUCCUUAUAAAUAAGGUUUAAAGGUACCUUCGUGAAUCAGACAUUUAUAAAUAGAGGGACACUUGAAAGAUUACAUUAUUACUCCUCAAACCGGAACUUAGAAAUAUGAGUGUGAUUUUGCACCAUCACGCCCUGGCAAAUAUUUAUUUUCAUCUGCAAAAAGAAGUUGUUAAAUGAUUUUUCAUCUAGUUAAUUACAGUUGAACAAUCCCUUGGA